AUCCAUGAGUGUACCGUGUCGCGCCAAGCAAGGAUGCGUGCUGAGCGAUUAGAGCAGAUUCUCAGGGAAAGGGAGCCCCCGUGCACCCAGGCUCAGAGAUAUCAAUGGCCUACCAAGCUCUUAACGCGCCCACAGUCCCAAGCCGCCGAAGUGAAGAUGGUGAAGUUGCAAGAACGGCCGAAACCAGUGGAUAUGACGCUCAAGAUCAUCGGGAAUUCAGCGGUCGUCAUGAACACGGUCGCGAGAGGCCCCGAGGAGUCUGAGACCCGUCCUGAGCCGGUAGAACAAGCCCAUCCAAACCUGAGUUCGGACGUUGAGACUCAGGACCCAGAGAGUAUGGCGGUUGUCGAGAGUAAUGGUCAGGCCCCUGAACCAUCAGGGGGUGUCCAGUCACAGACGAGCUGCUCGACACCGGUUCAAAGGCUGGAAGCAGAAUAUGCUCGGGUAAUGCGAGUCUCUGCCGAAGAACUGGACCUGGAACCUGCCGUAUAUCUCAGGGAAGGAAGUGAUUUGAUGGCGCCGUUAAGAGACCAACUCAUCAUGCUCCCAGAAAUCGAGGAACUGACUCCAGAAUGCAACAUCGACGAAGCUAAUGUCGGGGUCCCAGGGGUCACAACUCCAGGGAUGGAAGCCAAGAUGAGAGGGAUCCUGAAACACCACCGCAGCAUCUUCCUGGGAGACGGCAAUGCAGCUCCAGCCCCGGCUAGGGGCGUAGUGUGUGAUAUCGACGUUGGUGGAGCAAAACCAGUGGCUUUACGUGCGAGGCAGAUUGCCGCGCCGUUCUUAGUGAAAGUGUUUGAACUCUUGAAGAAGUUGCUGGAGGCUGAGCUCAUUGAGCAUUCAGAGUCAGAGAGGUCAUCUCCUAUUGUAAUUGUGCUGAAGAAAAACGGCAUAGACAUCCGAAUGUGUAUUGCCUACCGACUGCUAUAUCUGCUCAUAAAGCUAUCUCGCUACCCCCUACCUUUGAUCGAUGACCUGUUGGUAGACUUCAGAUCUGCGAUGUGGUUUAUGAGUCUCGACAUGGCGAGCGGAUUCUGGGCGGUGCGAAUGACCGAACGUGCGAAUCUGAUCUCUGCAUUUGUUUGCCCGUUUGGCCAUUUUCAGUGGCUCAGAAUGCCCUUUGGAUUGAAUAAUGCGCCGUUAAUUUAUCAGAGCAUCAUCAAUAACUGUCUGUGGGGAUUCGUCCGUCUGCCUCCUGAAGAGGAAGCGCUGGUUGACCAAGAAGUUCUGGAGUUUUUGAAUCUUGAGCCGCUGAAACCGGAGGUAGAUAUGCGGGAUUCAGAGAUCACGGCAUUUGACAUGACUGUAUUUCGACGCAAUAUCCCGGCUCCGUCACAAAUGGGCCCGGUCUUGGGAAGAAGCUCGUACAUUGACGGUAUCGCUCAUGGGGCGUCGACCUGGGACCAAUUAUGUGAGGACCUGGACGCGUUGUUGUAUAGACUAUGA